CUCUGCUUUGUUCCUCAAGCAGGUGAGUAGGAGUUAUUGAUCAUUCACUACCUAUUGAUGGGCAUUCGCAUUCAUUCAUCCAAUAUGGAGUGUUCCCCUGCCACUGUAUAUUUUGCAAUAUAUUAUACCUCUUCUGUGCCUCUCUGCUUAGAAUGCCCAUCGUGAUACUCUACCUCCCUAUCUCUUCGCAUCAUCCCAAUAUCUACGCUCUCCUGCCGGUCAUUUGGUUCUUCUUGCUGGUCAAAAGAACACAAUGGAUCACCAGAAAUUCCUGCAAUCGCUCGAUAGCAUGUUAUCUGACAGUGAGGUUUCUUCAGUUUCGAGUAAUUCUUCGGAGAUGGCUGGGCCAGAACUCGCGAAGAUGGCCGGAGAGGAUGGGAAGCCUUUGCCUGCAGGCACCAUUGCGAAGCUGACGAGUGAUAUUCUUAAUGACACAUUCUACAACAUCAUUUAUGACAUGGUUGCGCAAGUCCAUCGUGACGAGAAGAUGGCUCGCAUGCGAUCAGCCGUCACUGUUGCGCGGCAGAAAGCCGAAGACGAAGCCGCUCGACUUCGGCAAGAGAACGGGACCAAGACGAAUGGCGCGACAAAGCCCGGAGACGCAGACUCUGAAAACAAUUCAGACGAGAAUAUCAGAAUCGAAACAGAUGCUGCGAUAUACGAUAAUGGAAAAGUCUAUCUGAAGGGCAAUCCGCUCAAGACCACCAAGGAAAUCAUCUGCCCUGAUUGCCGUUUGCCACGCCUUCUCUACCCUACGAUAGGAGUUGGUGCUCGUCCUCCGCCUGACCCCUUCCGAGAGUACUGCAAGAGGAUGCCACCGGUUAACAGGCCUGGAAUCGAUAUUCACGGUUAUCCUUUCGCUACAGACAAGACCAACGCCAAGAAAAAGAAGAAUGCCGAUACCCCUGCUUCGAGUCCACCCUCCACCCCAGACGGCUUUGGCUCUUUCACGGAAAUACCACAGGCGAGGGAGAUUCCCACCGUCAAGUGCCCGCACUGCCCUCGCUAUUUCAUUGCCACCAGAACUUCACAGCACAUGGAUCGAUGCAUGGGUUAUUCUGGCAGAGGCGGAGGUCGAACCAGGACUCCCCAGGACAGCGGUGCCAGUACUCCCAAUCCAGCUCCGCCGAAACGACCGAGAGAAGAUGAUCUUAUCUCGGCCGUCACGAAAAAGAAGAAGCCGAAUCCUACUCCCAAGAAGAUGGCAGGUAAAAAGCCUCCACCUGCCAGCAAACUCAGAAAUGGCACUACCCCAGACACGGCAGCUGCUAUGGAUUCUGAGUCUAAAGCUUCCGACAAAAAGGUCAAGAAGGAAGCAAGCAGCUCAAAGGACUGAAAGAACACGAGAUCAGUCUAUGCAUUGAAGCAGCGAUGUUUUCUUCGCUUUACUUUCUUUUUCUUUUCCUUUCUUUGCCCUUUUUCAUUGGUAAAAAAGAACUUCGAGAAAAAGACGCCCGUUUGGGACUACGCACAUGUACGAGGAUAUUGAAGAUACCAGCAUAUGAGGCGUCGCAGGGAAAUUUCUUACAGACUUGUCAUGUCUCCAUGCUGGCAAGUCACAGCAUGCUGGGGGGUUUGUUCUGUUGCUUUGUGUUCAAUCUUUUCCUUUUUUGAGGGUUUUUGUAUAGAGAGUAUGGUGUACAACAACCUGGCGUUGGGUGACUGCACUUCCUGUGGUCCAGCUGAAUCAUGGUACUGUAUAUUCUUAGCCAAACUUCCUGCUGGAAUUAUGAUGAUGUUUCUGUUCUCUAUUUGUCU